CAUAGGCAAAUCCUCGAUCGUGAAGCCCUUAAAUUUUCGCCAAGACUCCGUCCCAAACCCUAGCUUGAACCAGAACUUGAGAGCGCGCCGUUCGUCUCUCCCGCCUCCACUGAAUCUUCUAAAUCUCGCGGAAACGUAAUCGCAGCAAUGGCGGAAGAUGGCCUUCCCACGGAAACACCCGCUUCUGUUCUUGGAGAACCUAUGGACCUCAUGACGGCACUCCAACUUGUUUUGAGAAAAAGUUUGGCACAUGAUGGGCUUAUUCGUGGACUCCAUGAAGCAGCUAAGGCUGUUGAAAAGCACGCCGCACAGCUUUGUGUGCUUGCUGAGGAUUGUGAUCAACCUGACUAUGUUAAGCUGGUCAAGGCUCUCUGUGCAGAUCACAAUGUCCACUUGGUGACUAUUCCAAGUGCCAAAACCUUGGGAGAGUGGGCCGGGCUGUGCAAGAUUGAUUCAGAGGGAAAGGCAAGGAAAGUCAUAGGGUGCUCGUGUGUUGUUGUUAAGGAUUAUGGAGAAGAAUCAGAGGGACUUCAUAUAGUUCAGGAGUAUGUGAAAUCUCACUAAAUUUCCUGCUUAAAAUUAUGAGUAUUUAGUCGAUUCGGGAAGCAUCUGUGUCUGGUUUGAAGAUUGUUUGUCUAGGUUUUUGCCUUCAAUUUUGAAUCUUGUAGCGAGACUAUAUUGGAAACCCUUAUUUAUUGAAGCUGGUUUUAAUUGUAGUUUCAUUAACUCUUCAGCUUAUGCUGAACUCGUGAUGGACUUUGGUCAGUACUUUGUACUUUGUACUACAUGAAAUAUUAAACUUUAUGCAGACUUGAUGCUCUGAGCAUGAAAA